AUGGACAAAAUAUCGCCAGAAAUUUUAGCCGCGAGGGCGAAGCUGAAGGAGAAAAUGGGAGGGAACCUGAGACAAAUCGGUGGCAAAGGAAGUGCAAGAAGGAAAAUAAAAAAGGUACAUAAAAACUCCAUGUCCAAUGAGAAGAAAAUUAAUUUAAUUUUAAAAAAAAUCGGUGCUUCCUACUUUGGGGACGUCGAUGAGAUAUGUGUUUACAAAGCAGGAGAUACAUACAUGGAGUUUAAAAGGCCAAAGCUAUCUGCAUCGUUACAAUCCAACACGUAUGUCGUGACAGGGAAGUUCACAGAACAGAAAAUCGAUAUUAACAAAAUAUUUGAGGGGCUGAAAGGAAACAAAAAUGUCGAUAUGAAUCUAUUGGAGAAAAUUAAAAAUGACCCGAAUAUAAAAAAUUUGCUUAAUAAGGAAAAUAAUGGGAAUGAGAAGAAGGAGGAAGCUGCGGAGGAAUCAGCUGACGUGCCGGAUCUCGUUGAGAAUUUUGAGGAGGUUUCCAAGGAGGAGGAGAAGUAA